GACGGAGCAUUCUUUAGAAAGGGCAUGCGCGAAAAAUUGUAGUGGCGCCGCUUCCGCUUACGUUCUUCUUCCUUUACGGCCAGGCAAGGCGUGUUAACUGCCUGGUUAGUGUUUCUCUGAUGCGCCAAAAGUGGUAAUAAAAGCCACGAAAAAUGUCGUUAUCAACAGCUCGACCUCUGGUCACCGUCUACACGGACAAGAAUGAGCCAUCCGGUGAUUCCAUCUCUCUGCCGGCGGUGUUCAAAGCUCCAAUUCGUCCCGACGUUGUGAACUUUGUUCAUCAGCAAGUUUCCAAAAACAGCAGACAGCCGUACUGCGUUUCCAAGGAAGCUGGUCAUCAAACCUCGGCGGAGUCAUGGGGUACUGGACGUGCAGUAGCGCGUAUCCCUCGUGUACGAGGCGGUGGUACCCAUAGAUCAGGCCAGGGUGCUUUCGGCAACAUGUGUCGAGGUGGACGAAUGUUUGCCCCGACUAAACCAUGGCGCCGUUGGCACAGACGCGUCAACGUCAACCAAAAACGUUACGCCAUCGUUUCGGCAAUCGCUGCCUCAGGUGUACCCGCCCUCGUUCAAUCCAAGGGACACAUGAUCCAGGAAGUUCCCGAAUUCCCGGUUGUUGUAUCGGACAAAAUUCAAGAAUACAACAAGACGAAACAGGCGGUCAUUUUCCUACGCCGUAUCAAGGCCUGGAAUGAUAUUCAAAAGGUCUACAAGUCGCAGCGUUUCCGCGCUGGUAAGGGUAAAAUGCGUAAUCGUCGCCGCAUCCAACGACGCGGACCUUUGAUCGUAUACGGACAAGAUCAGGGAAUUCGCAAAGCUUUCCGUAACAUUCCCGGUGUCGAUUUGAUGAACAUCAAUAAGCUGAAUUUACUGAAGCUCGCACCGGGUGGUCACGUAGGACGUUUCGUUAUCUGGACGAAAUCUGCUUUCGAUCAACUCGAUGCCCUCUACGGAACUUGGCGCAAGGAGUCGAAACUCAAGGCCGGUUACAAUCUGCCCUUCCCCAAAAUGGCCAAUACCGAUCUUUCGCGACUCCUCAAGUCUGACGAGAUCCGCAAAGUUCUCAGAACACCGAGAAAGAGGAUCGUACGUCGCGUGAAGAAAUUGAAUCCAUUGACCAACACCCGAGCAAUGCUUCGUCUCAAUCCGUACGCCGCUGUACUCAAGAGGUCGGCGAUUCUUACCGCUCAAAGACGUCAACGUGAGAAGGAACUGGCCGUCGCCGUUAAGCGCGGUGUUGCCCUGCCCAAGAGCGCACCAGCGGUGAAAGCGAAAGUUCUACAAGAAAGGCGUAGGAAGCAAAUACUCGCUGCCAAAGUAGCGAAACCGAAGAAAAUGGGAGCACCGAAAAAAGCGGCAGCCGCACCAGCUAAAGCGGCCAAGCCCGUAUCCGCGAAAACCGGCAAAGCUGCGCCAGCCAAGAAAUAAAAACAAAAAUUAAUGAUUCUCUACGAACAUCGACCGGAGUUUAUUUGUCGACCUGUGAAUUUUAUUUGAGAAUAAAAUGAGGAUAGACGCGA